AUGAAUUAUGAUUACAUGGGAGCAAUAAAAGUGAAGGAUGGCAUAUUUUUAGGGGAUCUAUUUGCAUCUUAGGUAUAUAUUUAUAAUUUUAUCAGGAUCUUGAAUUUAUUGUAACAAAUAAAGUAUCAAGAAUAAUGAAUUGUGCAUCAAAAGUAAUAUCAAAUCAUUGGGAAGAAAUAGGGAUAGUUUAUCUGUCAUAUCCAUGGACAGAUAAUGAUCAAUAAGUAUUUUUAGAAUUUAUUUAGAUUAUUUUUUAAUCAGAUGAGAGUAUGAAUAGUGCAAUAAAAUUUAUUGAUGAU